CGGAGCAGCGUUAUGCAGCCGCACAGUAUGAGCUGGGCAUGCGCUACAAUCAAGGCGAGGGCGUGGACGAGGUCUACUCCAAGGCCGUGGAGUGGUACAGGAAGGCCGCCGAGCAGGGAUAUGUGGUCGCACAGUACGAGCUGGGCAUGCACUACUACAAAGGGGAGGGUAUCGGCAGGGAUUUCUACAAAGCCGUGGAGUGGUUGAGGACGGCCGCCGAGCAGGGGUAUGCGGUCGCACAAUACGAGCUGGGCAUGCGCUUCUAUAAAGGCGAGGGCGUCGGCAAGGACUUCUCGAAGGCCAUGGAAUGGUACCAGAAGGCCUCCGAGCAGGAGUGCCACAAUGCUACAGUUGCAAUGGAACUGUUGGCCAAGGUGGUGGUGGCGAAUCGAGUGCAGAUAAAGAUGGGUUUGUUUCGGGGCAUUUCCGUUGUUGGGUUGUUCGUCCUUAUUUCCCUCAUAAAGAUGGAAUCAGAGCAAGAGAAGUGA